UUUCCUGCAUUUGUGACAUACCAUGACCAUCUUUGAUGCUGUUAAAGUUUGUGACUACACAGAAAAGCACCUGCAAGUUGAUAGUGAAUGACCCUUGAUAAGUUGUUCACCAAUUGCUUGACUUUGCUGUUCAAGUUUAUGCUCUCAUAGCAACACAGACAGCAUAUCAUUCUCUGCUGACUUCAUUAAAAGAAAACGAUCCUGUCUUUCAGUUUAAAAAAAAAAAAAAAAAAAAAAAAAAAAAGCUGUAACUGUUGAAGCAGCAUGCACCUAAUAAGCUACUUCUAAAUCUGGCUCCAUCAUUUCAGACUCUGGACUAGCAGAACAGAGCUUGCAGAAUCCUUCUCAACACGGCUACAGAGAAGGCACAGAGUGUGAAGAAGAGCUCAUGGAGCAGCUGGCUAAAGCAGAAGCUCAGCAAGAAAAAGAGGAUGUUGGCAGAGGACAGAAAGCAUUUUGAGGACUCAUUGACAGUCAAGGCCUCUGCGGCAGAGAUGGAGAAAAUAAGGGUACGAAAUUCCUGGGUGCCAACCUGCCUAUGGCAACCUAGAAUUCUCCAGGGCAGGCUCGCAAAAUCUUCACCUACUCUCUGGGACAGUACUUUGCAAGAACAGAAGGGGGAAUUACGAAAGCGUCUAUCGUACACUACCCAUAAGCUGGAAAUGCUUGAAACGGAAUUUGAUUCUACACGUCAGUAUCUUGAAAUAGAAUUGAGACGUGCUCAGGAGGAACUUGAAAAAGUAACUGAAAAACUGAGAAGGAUACAAAACAAUUACCUAGCCUUACAAAGAAUUAAUCAGGAUCUGGAAGAUAAACUUUACAGAAUGGGUCAACAUUACGAAGAAGAAAAACGGGCUUUGAGCCAUGAAAUAAUUGCACUCAAUAAUCACUUAAUAGAGGCCAAGGUGACGAUAGAUAAGUUGUCAGAAGACAAUGAGCUCUAUAGGAAGGAUUGCAAUUUAGCUGCUCAAUUGCUCCAGUGCAGCAAGAAUUAUGACAGGGCACAUAAACUUUCUGAGAAAUGCACAGAGAUUGUGGCCAUCACAUUAGUCAAAGAGCCGUAUAUGUUGCCAUCUGACUUUCAGGAAAGAGUCAGCAUCCAUCUGGAAAAACAUGGGUGCAGCCUUUCUGUCCCCUUGUGCCACACAUCUUAUGCGGACACCAUACCCACUUGUGUCAUUGCCAAAGUACUGGAAAAACCAGACCCAAACAGCUUGUCUUCACACUUGUCAAGCCCCUCUGCGAGGGAAUUUCAGGACUCUGCUGGAAAACUUGGGCAAAGGCCCCAGUACAAGUCAGACAUCUACUGCAGUGACACUGCCCUUUACUGCCCUGAGGAGAGGAGGAGGGAGAGGAGGCAGAGUGUGGACACGCAAGUGAAAGACGUGGGGUUCCUGCGCUCCCAAAACUCCACUGACAGUACUGUUGAAGAAGAUGGUUUCCAUUCCAGCUUCUCUCACGAAGCCUUCCCAGAGUAUAUUACCUCUUUGCCGACCUCCAGCUCCUAUUCCAGCUUCAGUGUCACAUCUGAGGAGAAGGAGAACGCCCAAGCCAACACAAUGACAGCCUCUCAGCAAGCGAUCUACAUGAGCAACCGAGACGAACUCUUUGAAAGAAAGUCACCUGCAGGUUACGAGCAUCAGGGAAGCCCCAGGUUCGCCAAGUCCAAACCUGCACAGCACAUGGAGCUUGCUGACGACAACGAGAACUCACCCACUUUCACUAGGACUCUGCCUCCUUAUGCAAAUGAACCCUUUCAUUUCUCAGCCAUGACACCACAGCAGGCUUUAGCGAAUCAGAAAAUGAGCACCCACCUUUCAGAAGAAGACUUGCCCGGGCGAUGGAGGCAAUUGAGCGUGGAGGACAUUGGCGCAUACUCUUACAGGAACACUGGCAGGCUAUCGCCCUGCAGUUUUUCAGAGCAGUACUACAGCAGCCCAAUUAAAAAGGGAGACAGUCGAACAAGCCCCAUCUAUGCCAGCUACAAAGCAGAUAGCUGCUCAGAGGGAGAUGAUAUCUGCCAAAGCAGACUUGUGGAUUCUUGCUUCCUGAGAACAGACAGUGGCCUGAACAUUGACAUCAGCACUAGCUGUAAGCAGGACAAGUUGCCCACUUACAAAACAAAAGAAUCAAGAGACCAAAAAAAUGAAAGGAUCACCGUCCAAUUAUGCAGUAGCAAAAACAUUGAAAAUAGCCCGGUGUUGAAAAGAGAAUACGUGGACGUGAGCCCCAACAGCUCGGCAGAGUCCCUCAAUCAGAGUUCGAUGGAGGCUUCAGAAAUCCACCAGUCUUCCAUGGAGCAAGGAAGCCAUUCGGGUAUUCACAGCAAACAGCAGCAGUUUCAACGGACUGGAAGUACUGGUUUGAGUCGGAAGGACAGCCUUACAAAAGCACAACUAUACGGAACCCUUCUGAACUAGGCUUCUUCCAGAACUGCAAUAAGACAACACACAAAAGGAAGCAAACAGUGUUUGAUACUUCUAGUGAACAUAAGUUUCUCAGAAACAGGAUUAUUAUAAAAUAUAUAUUCAUAAUGGUACUAUAUGUUUAAAACAAAAUCUCUCCAAAAAUGCUAUACAGCACUUUUCACUUAACAUCCUUUCCACAUGGGAGAUCAUCCCCUCCCCUCUUUUAUAAACCUGAAAUAUUUUUAUAAACAAAAUGGUAUUUAUUAUACUAUCCUAAGCUAUUUGAACAGGAUUCUUUUCCCUUCAAGCAGGUUUCUUAUUUAUUUUUGUGCAUGAGGCCAUCUGUGCCUAAACUCUUGGAGGAAAAGGGUACAAUCAUGACGACAGUGACAAAAAAAAUAAAUAAAUCCACCUGAUAAAAUACCAUAAAAUGUCAUAUGAAAACAAAACUGACAAGAAUGGUGAAUUUGAAGAAGUAUAUUUUUUAAAAAGAAUGGAAUUGUAUCUUAAGUUAUUUCAUACAAAUGUAUUUAUGAGUGACUAAUGUAUGCACAAAGUGAUACCAAUAUUUUGUUCUUUUAAUCCACUGUGUUUCUGCUUUCCUAUUUUUCCUUGUAUACUACCUCAAAAGUAAUUGAGGGUUUCUUUGUCACAUUUUCUGUAGGCUUGCAUUUAUAUUGUCUAAAAUGCAUGCAGUGUCAUAAUUAAUACUGUAUUUUGCAUUACUUAAUAAAAGACACCAGUGGAGAUAUUUUA